AUGCCUCUUGAUUCGGUUGGCACAAACGAUAUAGAAAAGACUACUAUAAGUCACGAUGAAUGCAAUUAUGCAAAUUCAACACGGCUGUUGAGUCCCGAGCAUUAUGACUACCUCAUGCAAAGACACGGCACAGUUGAUUUGGACCCCUUACCAUCGUCAGACCCCAACGAUCCACUCAACUGGCCCAACUGGCAAAAAAAUUAUGAAAUAUUAUCGAUUGCUUUUGGAACUUUUACAUCAACAUUCAUGGCCUCAGGUAUGCAACCGUCAUACGAGGCAAUGGCUGAGAAAUACGGUGUAAGUAUAUCUGAUGCUUCAUAUUUCACUUCGGUGCAGAUUUGUGUAUUUGGUAUAUUGCCACUUGUUUGGAUUCCCUUGAUGAACACAUAUGGUAGAAAACCAUUCUUGACUGUUGGUGCUCUAUUUUGCUGUGCUUUGAAUAUUGGUGGUGGGUUUUGCCAAACUUAUGGACAGCAAAUGGCCACCAGGGUGUUGAACGCAGUAUUUAUUUCCACCGUUACUUCUGCUGGUGGGUCCGUUGUUGGCGAUUUAGCAUUUGCUCAUGAGCGGGGCAAGAAAAAUGGAUGGUGGAGUUUGGGUUUUGUUUUAGGUACACCUGGAGGAUCGUUCAUCACUGGGUUUAUCCAGUACCAUGCUGGAACCAGAUGGGUAUUUUGGGUAUUUGCUAUUAUGAAUUUCAUUCAAUUUUUAUUGUGGAUAGUUUCAAGGGAAACUGUUUAUUCGAGGGGUUGCCCUGAUACUAUCCACAUCAAUUACAUCGGGAUAAGAAAAUCAAGUGCAAGACCAUUCUCGUGGUUUAUGUUUAUAAGACCAUUGAAACAUGCAUCUAGUUUUAACAUCACAAUGGCAGUUAUUGCUGCUUCGGUUACUUUUUGUUAUGGAAACAUUGUUCUAAGUGUGGAAAUGCCUCAAGUUAUGAUUUCAUUGUUUCAUUUGAAUGCCCAGCAAAUGUCUUUGCAAUUUAUUUCAUUAAUUAUUGGUUCUGUUAUUGGCGAGAUAAUAGCAGGUCCACUUUCAGAUUGGUGGAUGAAAAGAUGUACAGCCAAGCGCAAUGGACGCAGGGUUAUUGUUGAUAGACUAUGGCUUACAUAUGAUGGCUAUCUCCUUGUUAUAGUUGGCUUGAUAGUAUGGGGUGUCUAUUUAACGAAAGCAACACCAAAUCAUUGGUCAAUCAAACCUCUUGUGGGAGCAGCCAUUACAGCAGCAGGCAAUAACAAAAUUGCCACGGUUAUUACUACCUUUGCAAUUGAUAAUGACCCUAAACAUGCAGGCGAAGUGAGUGUUUACAUCAAUCUUGUACGGUCGCUUUUUGGGUUUAUUGGCCCUUUUUACUUUCCUUCAAUGUUUGAAAACUUGGGGUUUGCAGGAUCAGCUGGCUUGAUGUGUGGUCUUGUUUUUCUUUUUGGUGGUUGUACUACUUUAAUAGUUCAUUUCUGCGGUUGGCGACGCGAGCGGCAAUACGAGAAGAGCAUCAAGUAG